AUGGCUAUUCCUCCUUCAUUGGGGAAUUUGAACAACUUGUUCAAUCUGUUUCUUUAUGAGAAUCAACUUUCUGGCUCCGUUCCGGAAGAAAUAGGUUACCUAUGGUCUCUUACUGAACUAGCUUUGAGUACCAAUUUUCUUAAUGGUUCUAUUCCUGCUUCAUUGGGGAAUUUGAACAACUUGUCCCUUUUGUCUCUUUAUGAGAACCACCUUUCUGGUUCUAUCCCUCCAGAAAUAGGUGACUUGACCAAUGCAAAAGUGUUCUACGCUUUCUCCAAUGAAUUGUUUGGUCCCAUUCCUGCAGAAAUAGGAAAGAUGAAGUCACUUCAGAAUUUAAGCUUAAACACAAACAAUCUUUUUGGUCUAAUUCCAAAAACUAUAGGUAACUUAACUGAGUUCAAACUUCUGGACCUUUAUGCUAAUCAACUCUCUGGCCCAAUUCCUAGUGAGUGGGGGACGCUGAAAAAACUCAACGAUCUAUUAUUAUCAUAUAAUCAACUCUCUGGCCCAAUUCCUAGUGAGUUGGGGAAGCUGAAAAAACUCAGCGAUCUGUUAUUAUUCUAUAAUCAACUCUCUGGCCCAAUUCCUAGUGAGUUGGGGAAGCUGCAAAAACACAACGAUCUGGGAUUAUCCAAUAAUCAACUCUCUGGCCCAAUUCCUAGUGAGUUGGGGAAUCUGAAAAACCUCAAUUAUCUGGAAUUAGACAGUAAUCAACUCGCUGGCUGUAUUCUGGCAGAAUUAGGUUACCUAAGGUCUCUUACAGAACUAGUUUUGAGUACCAACUCUCUUAAUGGUUCUAUUCCUGCUUCUUUGGGGGAUUUGAACAACUUGUCUUAUUUGCAUCUUGAUAGGAAUCUUCUUUCUGGUCCUAUUCCUACAGAAAUAGGGAAGAUGAAGUCCCUUCAGAAUUGA